GUCUAGGUGCAUACAUCCCACAGCAUAGAGUGUAUUUAUCAUUUGCAAAACUUCCACCUCCCUCCUCUAUUGGAUCAGCCACUUGUUGUCUCCGCCUCGCUUCUCCCCCUCAGGCUCUGUGGGACAUUUUCAGGGAUAUUAGCCGGGGGAAGCUGUGUGGAGAGCCUGGCUUGUAGGUCUGCACAGUGUCUGGGAAACAUGACAAGCGGCACCAGGAGCAGUGCUGCGCUCGUUUUGCCUAUCCUAUACUUGCCAGCUCUGCUUGGUCUUGUCAGUGGGCAGAGCACGUCUUGGACAACGGAGAAACAAUCUCAUCGGCCUCAUAUUUUGCGCACAGCUGAUGUCAGACGAAUCGCAUCCCAGACAGAUGUUAACCAAAUGUGGCAAUCCGAUCUCCGACCAAUGCUGAUUGAAAGAUUUUCUGGCUCACCUGGGAAUUAUGCAGUACGCCAGCAUAUUAAGCAGCGUCUUCAAAGACUUCAGGCUGGAUGGGUUACAGAAGAAGAUGCUUUUCAAAGUCAAACACCUUAUGGAUAUGUGACGUUCUCCAACAUAAUCAGCACCCUCAAUCCUUCAGCCAAACGUCACCUGGUGCUUGCUUGCCAUUAUGAUUCAAAAUACUUCAGUCCACAGUGGGAUGGCAGAAUAUUUGUUGGGGCUACUGAUUCAGCGGUUCCUUGCGCAAUAAUACUAGAGCUAGCUCGGGCCUUAGAUUCUCGUCUUCAGCUACUAAAGAAAACACCGUCCCAAAAAGCAGACCUUUCACUUAAGCUAAUUUUCUUUGAUGGUGAAGAAGCAUUUCAUUAUUGGACACCAUAUGAUUCACUCUAUGGCUCUCAACAUUUAGCACAGAAGAUGGAAAAUACCCCUCACCCACCCAAUGCAGAAAACACGAAUCAACUUCAUGGCAUUGAUUUAUUUGUUUUACUUGAUUUGAUUGGAACAGAAAACCCCUUUUUCCCAAACUACUUUCAAAAUACUAUUCGAUGGUAUAGCAGACUUCAGUCUAUUGAGCGAAGACUCCAUAGUCUGAAUUUACUUAAGAACCAUCCUUCUGAAGUCCAGUAUUUUCAGAGCAGCCUUCGAGCAAGACCAGUUGAGGAUGACCAUGUUCCAUUUUUACAACGCGGUGUUCCAGUUCUCCAUCUUAUUCCAUCACCCUUUCCAGAUGUUUGGCAUACAAUGGAAGACAAUGAAGAAAAUCUUGAUUCUGCAACUAUUGACAACAUGAACAAAAUUUUACAAGUCUUUGUUUUAGAGUAUCUCAACAUAUGAUUUACCGAUGUAUAAGAAAUGGUGGUCAUGAAGCUUGAAAUAUGCUGGGAGUUUGAUUUUUUUGAGAUUGUUAUAGCACACCAUUAAAGGGACGCAAAACCCAAAAAUGUUCUUUCAUGAUUCAGAUAGAGAAUACAAUUUUAAACAACUUUCUAAUUUACUUCUAUUAUCUAAUUUGUUUCAUUCUCUUGGUAUCAUUAGUUGAAGGAGCAGCAAUGCACUAAUGGUUUCUAAAUGAACACAUGGGUGAGCCAAUCACAAUCAAUAUAUAUAUCUGCAGCCACCAAUCAACAGCUAGAACCUAGGUUCUCUGCUGCUCCUGAGCUUGCCUAGAUAAACCUUUCAGCAAAGGAUAACAAGAGAAGGAAGCAAAUUAAAUAAUAGAAGUAAAUUGGAAAGUUGUUUAAAAUUGUAUUCUCUAUCUGAAUUAUGAAAGAAAAUGUUUGGGUUUCAUGUCCCUUUAAGUCUUCGAGAAAUUCCCUCCAACUAGGCUAAACUCAUACUUUUUUUGUUGUUUUUCUUUUAAGUGAUUUAUAAAACAUAUCAAUAUACCUUUUUGGGGAAAAUGUACUUUUUUAUCAACUAUCCAAAGAAUUGAUUCUAAUGAGUAAUGUAUUAAAAUGUUCUCUUAAAUGUUGUAGUUUUUAUAUGGUGCAAAAAAGUACAUAAAUUUGUCAUAUUAUAUAUACAUAUAACAUGCUAUACUGUAUGUGUUUUGAAUGGAAAAUAGAAAAUGUCUCAAUAGGUAGAGAUUAAAUGUGAGAAAUAUAAUUAAUAUUAUUUAAUUUUACUCAAGUUAAAUAUACAAAAGGCAAUAAUUUUAAUAACUUUACAGGCUAUUGAUUUGUUAAUUUAUUGAUGUUUUGCCAGAUUAUUUUAAAUUUGCAUUCCAUUUUUUAAUUUUAAUUCCUGUUGCAAAUAGUAGCCAUUAUAAAUUAUUUUCUUAAAAUACAAAAUAUUAUAAAUAAUUAAGAAACUAUAUUUGAUUGGUCUGUUGUACUGUAAGUAUUACUUGAACAAACAUUAUAGACCACUGUAUGACAGAUUAUGUUUUAUUGUUUACUGUUUGUUUCAAAAUGCUUUAUACAUUUUACCAAAAUAUUUACAUGUUUACCUAAAUUACUGAUGGAAAAUUAAUUAUCUCAGGCUGUCACUAAAAUAGAUGUAUGGUGAAAUAAAUGUAUAUGCUGCUUUUCA